AGUGGUGGGAGAGACUGGCUGCGGAGCCGUGGCGGGAGAGCCUGGCUGCAGAGCCGCGACGGGAGGGACUGGCUGCGGAGCAGUGGUGGGAGAGCCUGGCUGCGGAGUUGCGAUGGACAGGACUGGCUGCGGACUCAGGACGGGCAAGACUGGUUGCGGACCCAGGAUGGGCAGGACUGGCUGCGGACCCAGGACGGGAAAGACUGGCUGCGGACCCACGGGUGGCAGCGACUGGCUGCAGACACGGGCCGCACGUGACUGGCUACAGACGCCCCAUGGCCAAGCAUGGCAGUCAACUCCUGGAGCAUCUUUCUGGGUAGCAAUGGAAGAAUUCUCGGGCACAUUGCAAGCAAUCAACAAAUAUACAAUCAUUCCAGAAUUGCCUUUACUUCCAGCUGUCCAAGCAAUCCAGCAGUUCAAGAGCUUGCCGGAUUUCAUGAUGUUUCCGGCCGUCCUCGCGUUAAUGUACCGGGAUCAUUCCGUCUCUGCAUUUCCACAAGGUCAUUUUACAGGCAUGGAGAUUAUUCAUGCCAUGGAGGCCUUUGAGAGUUUCGCAAAUGAAGCGCGGGAACGAGGUCGAACAACUUCGGACGCUCUCAAGUACGCAUGUCAACAUUGGGCCAUUCAUCUCUCGCGAGCUCCAAAUCCAUGGGACGAUACUGUCAACCAUAUAUUCCUGGCUUUCUGGAAUCGUCAUCUUCUUUCCUGGCUUGAAAGGCAGUGGUGUCUGAAGGGUCUACCGUCUUGCCUUGUUAUUUUAUCCGAAGGGCAGAAACUUGUCAAGGCUGUAUCUGUCAACGUACAGUGCCAGCCAUCUAUCCCGACUCUGAAACAUCGGCAAUAGAAGUUGACACCUGCUCACACCAGCGAAUUGUCAACGAGGGAUUCGUCGACUCUCACAAAUAAUUACUCCCAAAGAAGAGCUUGUCAUGGCGCCUGUCCCUUCUCUGAAGCAUGCUGUCACGUCCAUGUCAGAUAAGCAUAGGAUGGUGAUACUAGGUUACCAUAAUUUCGGUCAACCACUGGUUCGGACACUUUGCAAUAGCUCACACAAUUCAGCCUCGAUAAAUCUUCUAUCUCACCACAUAUCAUUGUACACAUAUUCUAAGCUACUAUAAAGUUGAAUCAUCGAAAUUGGUGGAGAAAU